GUUUUAUUUUUUUUUUGUAGAUCAGACACGAUAUUGAAAACGACUUACCACUAAGAUUUGGUUUCUAUGGCGGAAUUUGCAUGCCAUCAUCAUGCACUGAUGAAGACCUAAACAAAGCGAUCAGUACUCUUUCAGAACCGUUGAAUUUAGAUGUUAAUCUCACGGACUGUCAGGUAGAGGAACCUCUAAGAUUACCUGCUUCAGCAAUACUUUUUAUGAUUUUUCUAGUUGUUUUGCUACUUGUUUGCGCAAGUGGUACAAUACUGGAUUUAAAGGACAGAAAAAGGAAAGAAAAUAAGCUGAAAUAUCCAGAAAGUUUAACCCGGCAAGUUGUGAAAGGUUUUUCGCUUUAUGCUAAUACGAAAGAGUUAUUUACGGAGAACGUCAAGAAAACAUCUUUAGACUACAUUAAUGGAUUUCGGGCUCUACUUUGUGUAUUGAACGUAUGGACACAUGCCAUGAUAUAUCCGACUUUUUGGAAGGAAUUGCGUUAUAGAAAUUUUCACUUCAUAUUCGAAUUUUUGAGUUAUCUUUUGGAAAAUAACGGCCCAGUUAUAGUGGACUGUUUCAUUACUAUCAGUGGGUUCUUGAUUACCUACACUUUAUGGAGAAAAAUUGAGCAAUCUAAAGGAUAUUUGAACGUAUUUGAACAGAUUUUGCUGAGAUAUUGCAGAUUAACUCCUCCAGUCCUUUUUGUGAUGUCACUUUACAUAGUGUUCCCAUUAAUUAGCUCGGGUCCAAUUUGGAACUCAUCUUGGGCGCAUGAACAUGAAAACUGUUACCAAAAUGGUUGGAAAAAUUUGCUAUACCUUCAAAACUACAGCUUAAUGACAGAAAUUUGCAUGGCGCAAACGUGGUAUAUAGCUAAUACGAUGCAGCAUGCCAUUAUCUCCCUCCCAUUAAUGAUUGUUACUUACAGGUACCCCAAGACUGGAAUAUUUUUGGGCUUGCUAUUUUACUUUGGACCAAGUGUUUAUUUCUUUUAUCUUUCUCUCGAACACCAAUUUCCAUUUGCAUCAUUUAAUUCACUAAGAUAUAGCCAUUUAACCGAAAAAUUCAUGUCAACUGUUUACGUAUCCUCUCCUUACCAUCUUCCCGCCAAUUUAAUUGGAAUGUUUGCAGGUUGGACAUGCGUUAAAUUUGGAAAACAGAAACUAACGAAGAUUUGGCUUCUUGUUGGAUGGAUUGUUUCGAUAUUUUGCUUCUUCUUUGCAACAGCUUUAAUUUAUAUGCCGAUAAAAAACUUCAAGAUAAUGGCCUUCUACGACAGUUUAAGAAUCUCCGGAAUGAGUUUGGCCACAAGUUGGAUACUGUAUAUUUGUGCGACUGGUCAAGGAGGUAUUGUUGAGAAAGCAUUGUCUUUAAAGUCGUUAGUUCCUUUAAGUCGCAUGAGUUAUAGUGUUUACCUAGUACAUCCUCUUUAUUUGGUAUUCAGGGAUGCUAUUAAUACUGAAAGAUACUACAUGGAUAGAAUUUCACAAAUAGGAGACUUUGCACUCUAUUUCCUGUUCUCAAUAUUUGCUGGUUUCAUCAUUUACAUCGCUAUAGAAGAACCUUUCAACAAAAUGUAUGAUAUGUUAAAAAAAAGAGUAACUAGUUCAACUCCACCAAAUGAUACGACUCAAAUUAAAAAUGACACAGACGAUAAUGCAAGACCACACAGAGCUCGCAUUGUUGAUGAUUAUCUUCAACAGGAAACAAUUACUCGCAUGGAGUGGCCAGCUCGAUCCCCGGACUUGAAUCCUAUCGAGCACGUUUGGGAUGCUCUAGGGAGGCGU